AAAAAAUAUCCUAAUUUAUACAAAUAAUAACAAAGAGACAAAAGGAAGGUCAGUUUAUUUUGAAUGGCUCCGAAGUUUUCGUUGUGUUAGACGAAUGAAAACGACUCUCUGUUAAUCGAAAAAUUGAUGAAACAGGCAAAGAUUUUAAUACAGAUUUUAAAGAAAGGAAUUUUUGGUAACAUUAAAAAAGUACAGAAAAGUAUUGAUAUAGUGUAAUUUGGUUUUAUUAAAAUAGAAUUACCGAAGUUACAAAUGAAAUGAAAAGUUUUAACGAACUAUGACAAAAUAUUGUUAAAUAUAGAAAAAAGAGAUUCGUAUAUGGAGUUGGAAGGAAUAAUUUCUUGUGAACAUAUCGAAAAUUAAAAUAUAAAACUUUAUCGAACAGUUAUGUGGUUACAAAGUAUAGAUUUUAGUGUCAAAACAAUCUUGUUAUUAUAUACUUGUUAUUCCCACGUGGCGAAAUUAAUAAAUUGCAAAGUACUAGAUAAUGGUACUAUACUGGUUGCGGAGAAUCAAAAUAUUUACCUAAAAUGUCAAAAUCACACAAAUGGACUAUUUGCAAAAUUUACUUGGACAAGUAAUGCAUACAGCGAAGGGAAAGUUAUGGUUUACGAUUAUGACAUUGCUCAAAAAGAAACAAUAGCUACUAAUUUUACAGGUCGGGUCACGAGAUAUAAUGGAACUUCAUUACAUAUACGGAAUGCAAGACUUGGGGACUCUGGCAACUAUGAAUGCAAUCUUAUAUUUUACAAUCUUAAAUCAAAAACGUUAGGGGUAUCCGAAACAGCAGUAUAUGAUGUGAUUGUUAUAAGUCCACCCAAACGGAUGAAUACCUAUAAUGACCUGGUUGCAGCGCCCAAAGGUCAAAAAGUUACCAUACAAUGUAACGUUCAAGGGCUGUCACCUUUUGAUGUGAACUGGUCUAAAAUAGAAGGAAACUUCACAAAAAAUGUUGUCAUCCGUGAAGAAAAUAAAACAGCUCAUAUGUACUACAUUCGUCAGAAAGAAAUCACUUUUACUAAACUAUCAGAGAGGGACGUAGGGCAGUAUCAAUGUGUAGCAAAUAAUCUUGGGGGUAGUCUUUCGAAACUUGUUACAUUAAGAAUGCAAUCUCCUCCAAUGUUUACAGGCACCAGUACUUACAACAUAAACGUCUAUGAUACUGGAAAAAUAUAUUGUAAAGCUAAAGGAUAUCCAGCAAUAGAGUUUACAUGGAGAUUUUUUUCAAGAGAUGGUGACCUAAUUGUAUUGGCCGCAUCAGCAACAUCAGGAAAGUACUCAACCUCUAACAAUAUAUACAAUAGUAUAACAGAGGAGGGAGAGUCAAGUCUAACAAUCGAACAAGUGGAAAAAUACGACCUGAACUCGUACAUAUGUGUUGCAAAGAAUACAGUUGCUGAAGGUCAAACAGAAAUAAGGCUAGAAGGUUUUGCGCCACCUGAACCCCCUUUUAUUCUGCAAAUUGGAGAAUUUACACGCAAGGUAACAUUGCUGUGGAGGCUCGGCGACAAUGGCGGCAAACCCGUCACUUCUAUCACAAUAAAAUACAGAAACAGCAAAUUCGUAGAAAAAUGGACAAAACUACAAAUAACAAAAUCAUUAACGGAAUACACAAUUACUAAUCUUGAGCCGGGCACGUCAUAUGAUUUUAAAGUGUUAGCCACAAAUGAAAUUGGGGACAGCAAGUACAGUAAAAUCGAAAAAGCAACAACCCCUCUCAAAGAUUUGUCAGGUGGUGAGACAGCGAAUUCAGCAGAUUUCUUUCAAAAGUUUAGUCCACCUGCGAUUAUUGGCAUUAUCAGUGGCACAUUAAUAGCAUUGGUGAUCGGUUUGGUGUGUAUAUGCUUAUUCGUUCGAAGAAUGCAUAAAAGAGAAGAUGCAGAAGUUGUGAACCAACCGAGUUUGAGUUUUGGAGCGACUAUGAUACCAACGCAUCAUUCUGCUACAGAUGGAGGCCAAAUGGAAAUGGAACCACUGGUUGGCACCACAGAUCGGUGGGAAUUUCCAAAAGAUAGAUUAACAAUUACAACUGUGUUGGGUGCUGGUGCAUUUGGUGUUGUAAUGAGAGGUUUGGCACAAGGAAUUAAAGGAUCCGUUGGACAAAUAACAGUUGCGGUGAAGACAGUUCGUGAUUCCACUAACGAUGCAGCUACGAAAGAUCUUUUAGCAGAAUUACAAUUAUUAAAACUAAUACCAGAACAUCCAAAUGUCGUUGGACUGUUAGGUUGCUGUACACGAUGUGAUCAACUAUAUGUAAUUGUGGAAUAUUGUGCGAAUGGUGACUUGCAAGGUUUUUUAAGAAGUAGUCGUGGUAUUUACGAAAGGUAUUAUAAGACUAGCUUUGGCGGAGCAGUUCCGGAUCUCACCUCUAAAAUGUUACUCACAUUUGCAUGGCAAGUAUCAAAAGGGAUGGCACAUCUGUCAACUAUGAAGGUAAUACAUCGAGAUCUUGCUGCUCGCAAUAUUUUGGUGGACGAUCAGUUGAUUUGUAAAGUUAGUGAUUUUGGCUUUGCAAGAGACAUCUAUGUAGAAGAUCAUUACUUGAAACGUUCAGCUGGUGGACGGUUUCCAAUAAAGUGGAUGGCUAUCGAAUCGUUAUUAGACGGAAUUUCAACCACCAAGAGCGAUGUCUGGUCAUUUGGUGUAGUGUUAUGGGAAUUGGUGACGCUUGGUGCUUCACCAUAUCCAGGCAUGAGUUCCUAUGAAGUGGUGGGCUUUUUACAAGACGGUUACAGAAUGCCAAGACCAAAGCAUGCUUCAACCGAAAUCUAUGCUUUGAUGAUGGAAUGUUGGUCUGUGUCUCCAGGAAGAAGACCGCCAUUUAACGACAUCUCUGAACGGUGUUAUGAAUUAGUUCAACGAAGUGACGACGCGGAAUUUAUAAAUAUGUCAUUUUAUCAAGACCAUCUAUACGUGAACUUCGAUGGCAAUAGCGACUCGGCAAUUGGAUCCACCUCCACAACACCUUGUGGCACAUUGGGGCGCAAAGAUCGUGUCAAUACCAUCUCUCAAUCUGCAGCUGUUGGUGGUCCACCUAGACCUUUACGAAGCAUUUCACAAACCUCUGUACCAUCAGGGAGAAGUAACUCCGUAGUUGCUCUGUCGGAACGAAGUGCUACAACGGUGUCAAAUCGAGACGAAAGAGCGGCAUUAAUAACACCUGUUCCACAAUGAACCUUUCUUCAAAAGAAUGUCGACACUUCGUUCUUGACAAGUACAUAAAAGGAAGAAAGAGAAUAAAUUCUCCUGGAAAAGAUUCAAUAUAGCCUUAUUGUAUUUCAGCAUUAACAAAAAUGUCAAGAAGAGUUCUUGUGAUAUGUUGCGAUAAUAGAAUGAGCAGACUCCACCGACAGCAUUUCCAUCAGCUCAAAUGAUGAUCAAAAAUGCAACUGACGGAUAUAGUGAUCUCCUUCAAGAUGACAUUUUCAAAUGUGAAAACACAUAGUAUUUAAAACAUUUUUUUAUUUUUAUUUUUACUACUAACAACGAAAAUUAUUUUUGUAUUACUUAUCUGGCACCCAGUGUUAAAAACUUUGUUGUAUCAACAUUA